CGACGAUUGAAGUCUCCUGCUGCCAGAGCUUGCACUCAGCUUUCAAUGGGCAACACCGGCUCGUCCGCGGGGCGUGGCCAGCACGACGAGACCGUCGAUUUUGGCUAUCUCGUUCCGCAGGGCGUGUACACCGGGCCUAGGGACUGGAACCACGCCAUCGUCACGCAGCUCAUUGUCGACAGGAAGCUCGCGCCUUUCUACAGGCCCUUAGAGGACUACGACGAGAGCUGGGACGACGAGACCCUGCUCGCGCAUCGUAAGGAGCUUCCAGAUAGCGACUCCGCUCAGGCGGACACGCCGACACGCGCGGAGAGUAUUGCAGGCUCCACCCAUUCGAAGCUCGGUCAUCAUAAACGCCCGAGUGCUGCCAAGGAACCGCAACGCUUCUCAGAGGGUGCCAUCUACAGAGGGGCUGUGGAAUGUCCCAUUUGUUUCCUGUAUUACCCUCCGAACAUCAACUAUUCCCGGUGCUGCGAGCAAGCGAUUUGUACAGAGUGCUUCGUACAGAUCAAGCGAGCGGACCCUACGCCUACACAUCUUGUCUCUGAACCUGCAGCAUGUCCAUACUGCAUGCAAGAGAACUUCGGCGUCGUCUAUACGCCGCCUUCGUGGCGCGCAGGCAUUGGUAGUGAGGGAUCGACGCCGCCAUCAUGGCCUGAUUCCGCUGGUGGCUCCUCCCAGCCGACUUCGCCAAUGCCGCCUACCAUGAAACGCAGGCGAAAGAGCUUUGGCGCCGACAGUCCUGAUGUCGUCACAACGGACCAAAUCCGACCCGACUGGGAAGCUAAGUUGGCGGCUGUCCGCGCAGCAGUUGCCCGACGAGCCAAUAGACGUAUCAUCAUGAGACAAGUGGGGGACCGCCUCAUACCUGUUGGUAUUACCAGCGGGCGUAUCCAUCCUCUGCCCGAAGGCGAGCAAGGCGAGGCAGAGGGCAGUACAGAAGGUAGAGGUAGUAGGCGCUCCCGGCGACGACAGCAGAAUCCGGAUCUUAACCAGUUCUUGGGCUCGAUUCCCAUCGGUGGGCAGGAUUUGGAAGAGCUUAUGGUUAUGGAGGCUAUGCGACUUUCCUUGCUCGAACACGAGGAACAGCAGAGGAAACAAAGGGAAGAGGAAGAACGGAGGCAGGCUCAGGCCGGGGAAAGCAGCUCACAAGCUGAACAGAAUUCCACCGAGGCUGCUAUUCCCUCGCCUGCAGAUCCGGAGACGGUACAGAGUACACCGGCAACCGCUCUAACACCUGCGCCUUCCUCGUCACUCGAUCCGGGUCCCACUGACCGGUCUGCAACUCCAUCAGGCUUAGAGGCCGGCGUGGCGUCUACCUCCAGCCGACCGUCCCCUGUGCCAAGUAACCACAGUGGAGACAUCUCGACACCUGCUGUGGGCCCCUCGGGAGAUUCUGCCAUGCUCGACGCUCCAGAAGCACCGCCUAGCAUCCCCCAUACGGCUUCCUUCGCCUCAUCUCUUGCACCCGGAGAAACCCCGGGACGCGCAGAGUCGUAUGAUGUGCUUCCCUCUUCACCCGAUGAGGAGUCCAGUGCGGCCGAGCCAUUGUUGGCGUCUCCGUCUCCUCAGCCACCUUCAGCUGUGCAGGAGCCCAGCCACUAG